AUGCAGAUAUUUGUGAAGAGCCCCGCUGGCAGGACAAUCUGCCUCAGCGUCCACCCAUCAGAUACCUUGUAUACUGUGAAGGCAAAGAUUCAGCAACAAUACGACCUUGUCUUUGACGGAGUGCAGCUAGAGGAUAGCCUUACAUUGGCAGAUAAUGGGAUCCAGCAUGAAUCCACGCUUGGCCUCCAGGAAAAGAUGCAAAUCUUUGUAGUGGAGACCCUAGCAGGCAGGACCAUCACUUUUGAGGUUGGCAGCUUAGAAACUAUUGGCAACUUGAAGGCCAAGAUUGAAGGUACCGAGGGCUUUCCCAGGGGUCAACAGUGCCUCAUCUUUGUCUUCAAACAACUGGAGGACCACCGUACCUUGGCUGACCUGAAGAUUUGUAAGGAGUCCACCCUUCUCCUUGUCCUCCACCUGCGUCCAAGAGGUACGAUGCAGCUCUUUGUGAAGACGCUAGAUGGAAGGACCCUAACGCUUGAGGUUGAGAGCUCAGAUACCAUUGACAAUGUUAAGGUGAAGAUCUAUGAGGUGGAAGGCCAUUGGCCCAUACAGCAACGCCUCAUCUAUGCUGGCAAGCAGCUGGAGGGUAGCCGUACCCUGGCGGACUAUGACAUUCAGGAUGGCUAUGCUGUCCAUUUGGUGCUCUGCCUUUGUGGUUGUUGA